AUGGGCAACAAGAACUCUACACCGCAGAGACGCAACACCGACAACACCGAGCAGCAGCUUUCUGUGCAAUACCAUACACCUCACGGCCCCGUUUCCGCAGCAGACGUGUCGAAACAUCUGGAGACUGUGCCUCCACCUCACACCUGCACUCGAUCUAACUACCCUCAUCCUUACCGAGGCAGGGAGGGCCGUGGGGUCAAUGAGACCAAGACCUUUGACGACUAUGUCACUGGGCCAGGACGAUCUCACGGGCCCACCGGCGUGAUGCACGAGUAUCCCAUCCCGACAUCUGGAGAUCAGUUCAAUUUCCAAUGA